AUGAACUCACAAGUCAGCAUUACUAGUGAUCUGCGUAUUGCUGCGAGCGGGAUCUGCAACCGGGUGUGCUCCCUGGAGAGGGAGCGCAAUGAGCGGGCCUGGCCCGCUAACGUGGAUGUAGCAGCUGUCACGACGCAAGCUAUGCCUCUUGUGUCUGCUGUGAAAGAGGUCUGUCCUGACCCAUGGGGAGAAAAGUGCAGCGGAGACAGCGACUCCGACAGUACCGGCCCCGGAGGUGUAUGCAGGGACCGCUGCGGAGAGGAGUUUACGGGGGCAGCAGUCGCCAAAGUGGAGUGA